AUGAGAAAGAAACUAGAAGAAGCGCUAGGGGCGGAGAGACGGGAAAACGCGGAGCUGCGACAGCAAGUGAGACAACAGUUUCAGGAUCUGGAACAACUGGAGCAUAUUUUGGGUAAGCUGGAGACACAAGUGGAAGGACACGAGGUGGUAAUAAAGCAGCAAAGUCUCCGAAUCCAGGAUCAAGAGCAGAUGAUUCAACAACUCAACCUGAGGCUACAACAGUACCUUGCAGCACUACUUCAAAAUACUUACAAGACUCUCUUUUAG